AUUUCAAUGCUUUCCAAAACACAACUGCAUCUCAAAUGGAUUCGCUCUGAUACCAGGAUGUCGUUUCAGUUCAAAAUGUUGAUUUUCCUGCUGGCUGUGACAACAGUUAUUGUGAUUUUGAUGUCAAUUUAUACUGACUGGUUUCGGCUUAUGCCAAAUUCGUGUAAGUGUGAGAGAUGCUUUUCAGAAGAAGAUGUGAUUCUCAGUCAUUAUCUUAACCGUUCUAUUGAACCCUUUUUGUCGGCAACGACCAACCUACCUGAGGAGGCCUUCAAUUGGUGGCUGCACCUACAAAGUAACAGACAAAACUUCAGCUACUAUAAAGCAACAAUUGACAAAUUGUUUAAGAUAUUCCCAUCCAGUCCUGUUCUUGAAAAACCGAGCACUGAUGGUUGCAGAACUUGUGCAAUUGUGGGAAAUUCUGUAAAUUUGAAAGGAUCACAUUACGGACCCCUGAUAGAUUUCCAAGAUGUCAUUAUAAGAAUAAACUAUGGUCAAGUCAAAGGCUAUGAAGAAGAUGUUGGGACUAGAACAACUCAUCGUGUCAUGUAUCCAGAGAGUGGCUCGACUUUAGAUAACACUACUCAUCUUGUACUGUUUGCAUUCAAGAUAAAAGAUCUUGAGUGGCUCAUCAAGUCCUUUCCAACCGGGAUUUCUGGAAAGCCAGUAAAACACAGAGCUAACAAAAAUUUGGUGAUGAUUCUCAAUCCAGCUUUUAUGAAGUACGUUCAUCAGAUUUGGCUGGACAAGAAAGGAAGGUAUCCAUCCUCUGGUUUUAUGACCUUGAUUUUGGCACUUCACAUUUGCGAUGAGGUUCAUGUGUUCGGUUUUGGAGCUGACAGGAAUGGAAGCUGGAGCCAUUACUGGGAACCACCGAAAAAGAAAAGUUUUAGAACUGGACCUCAUCCUGGACAACAAGAGUCUGCAAUGAUGCACAAAUUGGCGGAUGAAAAAACAAUCAAAUUUUAUGAAGGUGUUUGACUAUUCGCUGAAAAUGUAAAGUUUAAUGUAGCUUGUAAAUUUUUCAUCCCCAGCAAAGUGAGUAAAAAGAAGCAUUAAAUACAUUCCCGACUCAGUUUUCAGUUUCAGUUUUAAAGGAAUAAAGAAUACAAAAACGUUACUACAGCUCUGAUAGAAGUAAUGAUCAAAACACUCCUUUACAUUAAAUGACUUAAAGGUUUAGGUUGAAACAUUGCCUUUUUCAGCCAGCACCAUUAUCCAUAAUGUACUUUAAACAGAUCCAGAAACUAUGCACUACCUGCUGAAAAAGUAGUCUGCAUUUAGUUCCACCUUUAAUUAACAUAUUUAUGCCAGUGUGCUCCCUUCAAAUGCAAAAUUUCCUAUUUUUUUCACAUGAUCGGUUGCAGCAAAUGUUUUUUUGAAAUAAUUCUAAUUGGACAAUUUCAAAAUUUAUUAUUUUAAUUGAAAUGGAUAUGUAUUCUGUCCCUUCAUGUUUUGCCAGUGUUUAUUAGAUCUAUCUCCAUGGAGUUUUAAUGUUUUGUAUGUGCCUAUCUGUGUAAUACCACUUCAUUAAACAGUCCAAAAAA